CAAACUAUUAUGAUCGUAAGUCCAAGCCUUUCUAAUUAAAACGUUUUCGAAGCAAAGUUCAAAGGGAUAAAAAUGUUCGGGAAGAAACGAAUGAAGGUCCUUUCAAUUUCCCAGUUGGCGAUGGCGGCCAUCUUCCUCACGAUUGGUAUGGUGGAUCGAUAUAAAGUAGGAUACAAAACCAGCCUAACGUAUAUGCCAUGUUGGAUAUCUAGCUUGGUGAGAAAACUGAUACCUAUUGAAAUUAAAAUUUGAGAAAUAUGCAGUAUGUUUAUAGGAGGAAUAGGACUUUUGCUGCUGUGUAUUACCCCAUAGAGUAAAGAGAGUCAGCCGGGUUUGCAGAUUGACUAUGUUAUCGAUUAUCGGAUAUCUCCUGUAGAGCUAAUGAUUAUAACAAUUUUAUUCUUACAAGAUGCAAAACUUUAUGAUAAAUAGAUCAGAAAUUAUUUGAGAGGAAGUUAUGAAAGUGGUGAAUUAAUGUUUAAAAAUAGCGAUUAACAGAACACUUUAUUUUUUUCAUCAUGAUCAUGUAAGGCAAAACUCGUCUGCUCGUUUGGUCCGCAUUUCAGCAGUUCAUAUAAAAAUUUCAGAACAAUUUACUGGUUUAUAACCGCCAGCAUGAGUCAUGCUAAAACGUUCUCAACAUAGCCUAACUCAAAGAUAAGCUGCUCAUUGCAACCAAAAUUAUCAUUGAUGGUUAGGAAAUUUUUUGUUGUGGAAAAAAGGGAGGCGAAAAUGUAUUUCAAAUCGAAAAAGAAAACUUAACAAUCAUCAUGCCGUUAGUAACCUGUUUAAAUUUUAUCGAGUCAAAAGUAUAAUCGACAGAUACGCUGUCUUCUAUUUACUUCCUUUUUUAUAAUUUAAAAGUACAUAGUACGCAUUAUCUGAUUGGUCAACUCCCUUCAAGGGCCAUGCUAUGUCAGGCCAUGAGAUCCCGCGAAGAUGACUGGGUCAAUAAUUAUCGACAAAUACAUGCAUAUUGAGAAAUAUACUUAAUAUCCCCUGUUAAAAAAUUAUUUCUUUUUCUUCCACCAUUGCUAAAAUCUUAAACAUGCAUUUAAAACGGAACUGGUUGCGCCUGUGAAGGUCUUUUUUCUAAAGCGCUGGUGAAGAAACCAAAAAUUUUACUUUUCUUUGCUUCAAGGAACUUGUAACGAUGAAUUGAAUCUGCAUUUCCUUCAAACUUUACAAAGGAACGAAAAACACAAAAUGAUUGUGAUCAACAUAGAUUUAUAAUUUUAGAAACUCGCAGUUCGUGACAAUUCCUUCUACUUUCCGCGAUUUAAGUGUGUUUUUGAAAGUUCUUCUUGCCAAGUUUAAACAUUUUUUUGCGCUCAUUGCCUCAUUGAAAGUUCUAAUUGAAGCUGCGUUAGACGAAACUAUUCAGGUAAAAAAGGAAAUAGUAAAUAAAUACGGCUCGGGUUGCGGCGCACAGUUUGGCUGAUUACCAUCCAUAUUUGCAGGUUUUAUUGCUACUGAUCAUUGUCAGUACUAAUAUUUUAAAUUAAAUAUCAUCACUGUUAUCAUCAUUAUCUUAUUGCGGUUAUUGUCAUCAUCAUUAUUAUUUUCAUAAUUGUAGGCAGGUUAUCAUGUGGUUUAAUGGUAGUAUUUACUAGUUGACAUGACGAAAAUUUAAAAUCUAUCUAAAAAAUUUUUUAUUUUCCUAAGGUUCUCGCGACUGGCACCAUGGGACUUGCUGUAAUCCGCGCUCCAAUCCCAUCGUCCAUUCUGGUAAGACACUACCAAAACAAGGAUUCACGUGACCGUAUUUUUUCAAUUCCUUAUGCGACGUACAAACGUUCCUAUUUUUGAUUAAAGGAGGUCUUAAAAAACAAACAAAUAAACAAACAACGAAAAUAAAAUUGAGGGAGACGACUUGGAGCACAACUUGUAAAUUAUAGGAUAAAAAUACACGGUAAUUAAAAUCCUUAAAAAGUUGAAGAGACGGUCUGAAAUUAAACUGAAGCUGCAAUGAAUCCUCGCAUUAAGGUCCUAGGGCUCCUCGCCCGUUAGAAUCUACUUAAAGCCUAUUUAAUCUCUAACACCAACCCUUUUUUACUCAAAUGGGUACCCUGUGGUCAGUAAGCGAGGCUCGCAUCGUACUAUCUACGAUGGCAGUUUACAGCUAUCAUUGGGAUCCUUUCAUUCCUAGUUCAUUAGAAUCUUCUUAAAGCUGAUUAUUUAAUCUCUAAUACUACCUAUUGGUGACACAGAUCGAUGCGCUGUGGUCAGUAAGCGUGGCUUGCAUCGUACUAUCUGCGAUAGCAGUUUACAGCUAUCAUCGGGGUCUGAUCCAUUGCCUGAUUAACACCUACCGAUGGGAAAAUUAUGAUUUCGUGGUAGAGGGGACAACUACCUUCCUGACUGAUAAGGAGAAGCUGAUGGUUGCCAUAUCAUCUCUCCUCGUGGCGUUUUUCAUCUUGGAGAUCAUGCUCGCUGCUACACUUGUUAGAAGCACAACCCUUGCAAGCCUCCAGCCCCCAUCAGAGCACGAGGUAAGCAUUACAAGGAGUUUUUUGGGACCGCAAACUAUUCUAAAUUAUUUUGAAAAUCAUUGUGAAAAACUUCUUUCAAAAAAGAAAAAUCCCAAACGUUUUAAGGCGGGUGCUGCGAGUGUCGAAAUAAAGCAAACCCUGAGUUCUGAUUGGCUAACGUAUCCCGGAAAAAAAAAUUUGUACAUCCGGUUACUUCAAGGAAGCAGUCCGAAAAACGAAUCUGGUGACGAGUUACAUGAGUUUACUUGUAUUUUUCUUCUCACAUUUGCAAACAUGAUAAAUCCAAUAUGAUCAACCGUAAUUAUCCAAUAAGGAUAGGUACGUGUAAGCUAUGGAGACGCAAGAUAUGAAGGAUUUAGACCCUUUUUACUCCCUGUUUAUAAGCUACGCGUAGAGCGAUUUCGUAAAAAAGGUAAAUAUUUAUUCAAAACCUCUCUUGCAUGUUGGAAAUUGUUACAGAACCCAAGACUCGGCCAAUUUUGACACAUACCCAUUUAAGACUGACGGUGCGUAUGGAGAGUGUCACCCUAUGAUUUAGCAUCAAAUUCCCAAUUUAUAUCCCAAGAAACAACAAACUCAUUCCUAAAAGGUAAAUAUUCCGCGACCUCCCAAUCCAAUUAUGAUCGAAAUUCUCCUAUUUUUAUGUUGUGACUGAUCUUUUUCAGCUGCAUUGUAUUCACCCACCAAGAGGAAGAUCAAAUACUAUUCAGUCUGAGUGUGAGUCUUAGUCAUCGCGCCCGUUUGUAACAUGACACUAGAAUGAAAGAAAACCUUUGUCAACAUACAUCUUUUGACAAAUAAUAGCAAACUUUAAUUACAAAAUUUACAAUAGUAAAGAUAGUAUAAAACAAUACAAAAAUUGAGUGUGCCUGCUGUUAAUAAAACUUUAAUUAUUAUUUGCUCAGACGACUUUUAAAUUUAAGCG